GGGCAAAAAGUUUAUGUAGGCAGUAGGGAGUUUUCUGCGGGGUCUGGAUUGGAAAUACAGAAGACCGGACCCUACUUGUAUGAUUGGAGUCUAAAGGAAAAAACAACUUCCCCCUCGCCUCAAAGAGUCUACAUGUCUAAUAUUUAGACAUGUUCAGCUUUGUGGAUAUUCGGUUAGCGCUGUUGCUCAGCGCAACAGUGCUUUUGGCAAGAGGACAAGGCGAGGACGAUCGCACCGCCAGCAGCUGUACUUUGGAUGGUCAAUUCUACAACGACAGAGACGUCUGGAAACCCGAGCCAUGCCAGAUCUGUGUGUGCGAUAGCGGCACCGUUAUGUGCGAUGAAGUCAUCUGCGAGGAUACAUCCGACUGCCCCAAUCCAGUGAUUCCCCACGACGAAUGCUGCCCCAUCUGCCCCGACGACGGCUUCCAGGAGCAGCAGAAGGUUGAGGGACCUCCAGGUGACCGUGGGGCCAAGGGAGACCAAGGACCCCCUGGCCUUCCCGGAAACGAUGGUAUCCCCGGCCAGCCUGGUCUUCCUGGACCUCCAGGCCCCCCUGGACCCCCUGGCCUCGGCGGAAACUUCUCCCCUCAGAUGUCCGGUGGCUUCGAUGAGAAGAGCAGCCCAGCCAUGGCCAUUCCCGGCCCCAUGGGCCCAAUGGGUCCUCGUGGUCCCCCAGGACCUCCUGGCACAAGUGGACCUCAGGGUUUCACUGGCCCCCCUGGUGAGCCUGGUGAGGCUGGUGCUGCUGGUCCCAUGGGUCCUCGUGGUCCUGCUGGUCCUCCUGGCAAGAACGGCGAGGAUGGUGAGUCUGGCAAGCCUGGUCGCCCAGGUGAGCGUGGACCCUCCGGCCCACAGGGAGCUCGUGGAUUCCCAGGAACCCCCGGCCUUCCCGGCAUCAAGGGACACAGAGGGUUCAGCGGUCUUGAUGGAGCUAAGGGAGAGACUGGGCCUGCUGGGCCCAAGGGAGAGAAUGGGGCCGCCGGUGAGAACGGUACUCCUGGAGCAAUGGGACCCCGUGGUCUGCCCGGUGAGAGAGGUCGCGCUGGUCCCAAUGGAGCUGCUGGUGCUCGUGGUAACGAUGGUGCUGCUGGAGCUGCAGGCCCUCCCGGUCCCACUGGCCCCGCCGGUCCCCCCGGUUUCCCAGGCGGUCCCGGAGCCAAGGGAGAGGUUGGUGCCCAGGGAGCUCGUGGCGCUGAGGGACCCCAGGGAGCACGUGGAGAGGCUGGCAACCCCGGACCCGCUGGCCCUGCCGGCCCUGCUGGAAACAACGGUGCUGAUGGAAACGCUGGAGCCAAGGGUGCCCCCGGUGCUGCUGGUAUUGCUGGUGCUCCUGGCUUCCCCGGACCCCGUGGACCCCCAGGACCCCAGGGUGCUGGAGGUGUUCCCGGCCCCAAGGGAAACACUGGUGAGGCUGGUGCUAAUGGUGCUAAAGGAGAGGCUGGUGCUAAGGGAGAGGCUGGCCCCGCUGGAGUCCAGGGACCCCCCGGCCCCGCUGGUGAGGAAGGCAAGAGAGGAGCCCGUGGUGAGCCUGGAAGUGCCGGCGCACGUGGACCCCCCGGCGAGCGCUGGUGCCCAGGUGGCCGUGGUUUCCCUGGUGCUGAUGGAUCUGCUGGCCCCAAGGGUGCCCCUGGUGAGCGCGGUGGUGUCGGCGUAGCUGGAGCCAAGGGUAACACUGGUGAGCCUGGUCGCAACGGCGAGCCCGGUAUGCCUGGUUCCAAGGGUAUGACUGGUAGCCCUGGCAGCCCUGGUCCCGAUGGAAAGACUGGCCCCGCUGGUGCCGCUGGUCAAGAUGGUCGCCCCGGACCCCCAGGCCCCGUUGGAGCCAGAGGCCAGCCCGGAGUCAUGGGAUUCCCCGGACCCAAGGGAGCCGCUGGUGAGGCUGGCAAGCCUGGUGAGAGAGGAGUCAUGGGACCCGUUGGCGCUGGUGGUGCUCCCGGCAAGGACGGUGAUGUCGGUGCUCCUGGUGCCCCUGGACCUUCCGGACCUGCUGGAGAGAGAGGCGAGCAGGGACCCGCUGGACCCCCCGGAUUCCAGGGUCUUCCCGGACCACAAGGAGCUGUUGGCGAGACUGGCAAGCCCGGAGAGCAGGGCCUGCCCGGUGAAGCUGGAGCCCCUGGUGCUGCCGGUUCCAGAGGUGACAGAGGUUUCCCCGGUGAGCGUGGUGCCCCCGGACCAUCUGGACCCGCUGGAGCCCGUGGAUCUCCCGGCUCUGCUGGUAACGACGGUGCUAAGGGAGAGCCCGGUGCCUCUGGCGCCCCCGGUGGCCAGGGACCCCCAGGCCUGCAGGGAAUGCCCGGUGAGCGCGGUGCCGCUGGCCUGCCUGGUCUGAAGGGAGACAGAGGUGACCAAGGAGCUAAGGGAACUGAUGGUGCCCCUGGUAAGGAUGGUAUCCGCGGUUUGACUGGCCCCAUCGGACCUCCCGGCCCAUCUGGGUCUCCUGGUGACAAGGGAGAGACUGGCGCUCCUGGAGCUGUUGGUCCCACUGGUGCCCGUGGUGCCCCUGGUGAGCGUGGUGAGUCUGGCCCUGGACCCGCUGGAUUUGCUGGACCUCCUGGUGGUGAUGGCCAGCCUGGUGCUAAGGGAGAGCCUGGUGACAAUGGUGCUAAGGGUGAUGCUGGUCCCCAAGGACCCGCUGGGCCCACGAGCCCCGGACCUCAGGGUCCCGCUGGAAACACCGGACCUAAGGGAGCCCGUGGCUCUGCUGGUCCCCCUGGUGCUACUGGUUUCCCUGGUGCUGCUGGCAGAGUUGGACCUCCCGGCCCAUCUGGCAACAGUGGACCCCCUGGACCCGCAGGACCUUCAGGAAAGGAAGGACAGAAGGGUAACCGUGGUGAGACUGGCCCCGCCGGUCGUCCUGGUGAGCUCGGAGCUGCUGGACCCCCUGGUCCCCAGGGAGAGAAGGGACAGCCCGGCAGUGAUGGCCCCAAUGGAGCCCCUGGUACUCCUGGACCUCAGGGUAUUGCUGGACAGCGUGGUAUUGUCGGUCUGCCCGGACAGAGAGGCGAGCGUGGUUUCCCCGGCCUGGCUGGACAAUUGGGAGAGCCUGGCAAGCAGGGACCCAGUGGUCCCGCUGGUGAGCGUGGACCCCCCGGACCCAUGGGACCCCCUGGACUGGCUGGAGCACCUGGCGAGCCUGGCCGCGAGGGUACUCCUGGUAAUGAGGGAUCUGCUGGUCGCGACGGUGCUGCUGGAGCCAAGGGAGACCGUGGUGAAACCGGCGUUGCUGGUGCUCCUGGUGCCCCCGGACCCCCUGGUGCCCCAGGACCUGUUGGACCUGCCGGAAAGAGCGGUGAACGUGGAGAGACUGGUCCUUCUGGCCCCGCUGGCGUUGCUGGCCCUGCUGGUCCCCGUGGCCCUGCUGGACCCGCUGGUGCUCGUGGAGACAAGGGAGAGACCGGCGAGGCUGGAGAGAGAGGCAUGAAGGGACACAGAGGGUUCACCGGCAUGCAGGGACCCCCUGGCCCCGCUGGACCAUCUGGAGAGCAAGGACCCGCUGGAGCAUCUGGCCCUGCUGGACCUAGAGGACCUUCUGGAUCCGCUGGUGCCGCCGGUAAGGAUGGUAUGAGCGGUCUGCCCGGCCCCAUUGGACCCCCUGGACCACGUGGUCGCUCUGGAGAGAUGGGACCUGCUGGACCACCCGGACCUCCCGGUCCCCCUGGCCCCCCUGGACCUCCCGGUGGCGGAUUCGACAUGGGCUUCAUUGCUCAGCCAGCUCAGGAGAAGGCCCCCGAUCCCUUCCGCCACUACCGUGCCGACGAUGCCAACGUGAUGCGCGACCGCGACCUGGAGGUGGACACCACCCUCAAGAGCCUGAGCCAGCAGAUCGAGAACAUCCGCUCUCCCGAGGGCACCAGGAAGAACCCCGCUCGCACCUGCAGAGACCUGAAGAUGUGCCACCCCGACUGGAAGAGCGGUACAUACUGGAUCGACCCCGACCAGGGCUGCACUCUGGAUGCCAUCAAGGUUUACUGCAACAUGGAGACUGGCGAGACCUGCGUCUACCCCACCCAGUCAGAUAUCCCCAAGAAGAGCUGGUACACUAGCAAGAACAUCAAGGAGAAGAAGCAUGUCUGGUUCGGCGAGGCAAUGACCGAUGGCUUCCAGUUUGAGUAUGGCAGUGAGGGCUCCAAUGCUCAGGAUGUGAACAUCCAGAUGACUUUCCUGCGCCUGAUGUCCACUGAGGCCAGCCAGAACAUCACAUACCACUGCAAGAACAGCAUUGCCUACAUGGACCAACAGUCCGGCAACCUCAAGAAGGCCCUCCUGCUCCAGGGCUCCAACGAGAUCGAGAUCAGAGCCGAGGGCAACAGCCGCUUCACAUACAGCGUCACCGAGGAUGGCUGCACGUCGCACACUGGCGCAUGGGGCAAGACAGUCAUCGACUACAAGACAACGAAAACAUCCCGUCUGCCUAUUAUUGACAUCGCUCCUAUGGACGUUGGUGCACCCAAUCAGGAAUUUGGCAUUGAAGUUGGCCCAGUCUGCUUCUUGUAAAAAAGAAAUCUGGACUUGAAAUUGUUUGUGUGUGUAUGUGUGUUUUUUUCUAGCAGUCAUCUCUCAACCCUUUUCUUUGCAUUUAAAAAACCCUAGAGUUCCAUUUGGCCGUUCAAAUGGUCCACUUGCUUAAAGCCGCACAUCUGAAGACAGUGGUUGUGUGUUGUCAAGCUUUUUUUGGGACCACUAUUACCACCACCAUCAACACCAAGGAUGCUUUAGAAGACUCAUUUGUUUCCCUGGCAACAAGAAAAUAAUAUAUACUUGUAAAGUGUAAAAUCCCCCCUGGAGUUUGAAAGAAAAAAACAUCCCAGAUACACGUGACUUUUUUACCACUGCGGAAGGACAAUAAAAAAGAAAAUCAAAUGCUUUGUACCAAUUUCAGGUGAUGUCAAAUAAAUCAUAAAAAUGACAGUAAAGUGUCUUGUUGUUGUACCCACCUGGAGAAGCAAUUGUUGUUCCUUCUGAGGUCACACGAAGCAGCAUUAGAAGCAUGGGUUCAACUUCUUUUUUUAAUCUCAUGGCUACCUCAAAAAGGAAAUCCACGUUACCCAGUGUUAGUGAACCCCAGGUCAGAUUUUACACGGCAGAAGUAUGGUCGAAAGUAACAGCUGCAAAUGGUGCUAUUCUUCAUGAGGUCCUGUCAGUAAGGGGCGAUGCAAAUUGUGCUAUUGUGUUGUCAUUCUUGCUUGCGGGACCUUAGGUGCUAAAUUAGCAGAUCGUCUUGAUGUCAGUCGUAACAGAUGUGUUUUAAGUUUUGGUUGAGCUCUCCUAGCAACAGAGCUUUAGCUACAGAUGUACUGUAGUUAGGAUGCACGCGGUCCUGUCGAGUGUAGCAUUAGCAGGUGGAUUUGUUGAGUCUUUUUUUUUAAACAUCUUUUGACACUUUUUGGUUGUUGUUUGUUUCGUUUUGAAAUCCCCCCUUUUGUUGUCAGAUUGCUUCUAGCAGUACCCCCUUUCUCUCUCCCCCCCAAUUGUUUUAGUUUUUUUUUUUCUUGUUAUUUUAUGCGAAGGGUUUUUUGAAAGAAAAUAAAUAACACCGAAAAAUAUUGAAAUAUCGUCAAAUUAUGAGAGAAGCAGACACACCGCUGGGGGAUUAAAACAAGAGGAUCUGUACCUAUUUUGUAUAUGUAUAAUAAUUUGAGAUGUUUUUAAUUAUUUUGGAUGCUGAAAUAAAGCAUGUUAAGUGGUCUACCUUA